AAAGCUAUCAUCAAAAGUUACUUUCUCUCAGUUGACUUUUAAACAUGAAAAUAUUGAGUGAGUUAUAUACAGGAACAGCCAAAUUUGAUACCAUCACAAUUGUAAAAAAAUUAACAGCCAAAAUCGAUCUGAUAGGAGUAGAUGUAGAGGAUGACGGUAUGAGCCAUGAAGCCAGAAAAUGAAUCAGAAGAAGUUAUAUUGGUAGAUAUGGGGAAGAUAAAUGAUCUCAAGAAACUGCUUAUUAGUUUAAAGCCAGUAUUGAUCGAACCCACGGAGAUCAACCAAGAUUUCCAAUUUUUGUAUCAUCAACUUCAAAUAAUUCAUAAAGAUGGAGGUUUGAAUGAUGGCAAUUUAACUCUAUUUAAUGAUACGAUAUCCAUUUGCAUACUUAGAAUAACACAAAUUAUUAAGUUGAAAACUUCAUUCAAGUUUGACCAAGUCAAUUUGGAUGAAAUAUUUGAUUAUAUAUUGCAAUACAUCAAUAAUUCUUCAAAUCCAUUAUUCAAUUCAUUACAAGCAUUGUUCAAUAAGUUGAUUGAUUUCAUUAGCAUAUCCCAAGGGAAUUCAUUUCCACAAAUACUAUCACAUUGGGUAACCAUUAUAUUUGAUAAAAAUACAAAAGAAAAUAACCAGAUCAUAAUCUUGAAUAAGAAUUCAUAUUUCAUUCUCAACAUCAUCCUUAAGAGACUUUCAAACUUAAAGCAUAUAAUCAAUGAUCACGGGAACUUCAUUUACAAUGCUAUAGACUUACUAUCCUUAGACACAUUAGCCAAUAUCAUUGCUAAAACUAUAAUUAUGAUCUUCAAUGAUUCAUAUGUCAAAAAUGAAGAUGCUACCUUGUUUGAAACUUGGUUUCCAUUUAUUUCAUAUGGGUUAAACUCAUCUAAUAAGAAAGUCAUACAAAAUAUUCAAACUUAUGUGCUUCCAUCAUUAUUUAAGACCAGUCCCCAAUUCUUGAAUUUGCUAAUUGACCAUUAUCUCCUUUUAGAUGGGAAAACUGAUAUAGUUAUAAGUUUAUUGACUAUAGGACAGAAUUUAUCGUUAGUCGACCCACUUACCUUCAUUGAAGAAAAAGUACUUCUUGGAUUUUUGACUCAUGAAAAUCCAACGUAUAGGAUCAAUAGUCUUGAUAUUUUAUUGGGUGGUAAUACUUCAAUCAAUAGUCCUCCUAUACCUUUGAAGAUAUUUCAGAUCAUUAAAGAUAACUUUUUAAUAGAUACAUUUUUAAAUGAUGAAGAGAUUGAGAUCAGAAAUCAAUUUAUAUCCACCAUGAAUCAAUUUAUCAAUUUGCGAUUCAAAAACUCAAUCUCAAACCUAAAAAAAACAUAUAAGAAGAAUGAAGAGGAUCAAGAAGUGAAUGCUUCAAUCAGGGCACAUGAACAAUUUUUAGAUUGGUUAGAGCAUCAUCUAUUAAGUUUCUUGAAUAUUACAAGCAGCUAUAGUCAAUUAAUUACCAGUUUAAAGUUAAUAGAAAUCAUUGCGAUUAGAAUUCCUGAUAUUACCAAUUUAUAUAAAAAUUCCCAUUUUUUGAAAUUACUAAUUCAUAAUCUUUUUAACGAUUAUGAGAACGUGAGACAGUUGAGUUUAAGUCUAUUAAUUAAUAAGGUUCAUUCGGAGCAAUUGAAGCAAGAGUUCAACGAACUUGGAUUCAAUAAUCUUGCUUUAAUUGAGGACGUGUAUCCUAUUCUUCAUGACUUGUCCGGAAGAAAAAGUGAAGGUGGUGCAAGAUUUAUCGAAUAUAUUGCCCAAACAAAGCUUAUAAUCUUCAAAGAUGAGGCCUUCGUAGUAUCUUUGAUUGAUAAGAUUUUAGAUUACAUGUCUAGAAAUAGUAAGACAGAUGACUGGAGCUAUUCAAUGCAUGGAUUUUUCAAGUGUCUCAACUUGAUUAUCUUAAAUUGGAACCAGGACUUUUAUUUGAAUAAUAAAGACUUGGUAACCAGAUUAUAUCUAACAAUUUAUAAAAUUUCAAAGGGAUCAUGGGAUUAUUAUGUCGAAAAUAUACUAGGAAACAGUAACCUUAAUGAUAUUGAAGAGGACGAGGAAGAUGAUUCUUCUGACUUAAGCUCAAGCUCCGGAUGGAAAUCAAUCAAAGAAUCAAAUCUAUUAUUGACGAAUUUGUCAGUGAAUCUUAAAAUUGCAACUGAAAUAAUACCUGCUGAUCAUAUUCUUGAUGUUCUUAAUCUUAUCAAAGAACAAUUAGAGAAAAUCAAUCACAGAGGUACGUUUUCUUCCAUUUAUCCAUCCUUCAUCUUGAUUUGUAAGUCCUGUUUUGAAAGUGACCAAUACAAGCAUGUUCCAAAGGAUUGGCUCAGCAAUAUUCUUACCACAAUUGAAUCAGAAAAUGAUAAAUACAUUUCAAGACGUUCAGGUUCAAUACCGUAUUUAGUAUCAGGGAUUUUGAUAGGAAAUAUUAUGUCAGGUAAUUCUGAAAGGUUAUUCAUUCCUACAUUUGAUACAUUAUUUGCUAUUGCAAAAAGACCUUACGUUCAUAAACAUAACGAAGCAUAUGAUAUCCCCCAAGUUCAUGCAUUUAACUGUUUGAAGCAAAUGUUUCAAGAAAGUCCUUUAUCAAAGGAGUGUUUGAAAUAUAUACCAGCUGCCUUAAGACUUAGUUUAGAGCAUUUCACAUCCGAUAAUUGGUCAGUUAGAAAUUGUGCAGUGAUGUUAUUCAGUGCUAUUCAUCAUAGAUUAUUUGGAGGUAAUACAAAGGGAGCAUCUCUUUAUCCUGCCGAUUUGUUUUUCAAAAAGUUUGAAGGAAUAGAUGCAGUGUUGGAAAACUUUUUGAAUAUUGCUCUUGAAUCUAAACAAAAUGAUAGAUAUGUUCCAAUGUUGCUUUUAUUAACAAAUUUGAGCUUUCCAACAAAAGUGAAUGACAAGACUAUCAAGACCAUUAAAAGCAUUAUACCAUCUAUUCUUGAAAAUAGUGCUUAUAAGAUCAGGGAAAUGGCAGCUAGAUCGAUUGCUAAUUCAUUUGAAAGCUCAGAAAUUUGGCAAAUAUUCGAAUCACUGAUUAAAGCAUGUCAAACAAAAAAUAAAAAUCAUAUCCAUGGGCUCUUGUUGAUGGUAUUGGAAAAUAUUAAUAAUUUCAAAUCUGAUUCAUUGAGAGAUGCUGUCAAGAGAUUUAUGUAUAUCAAGCACGAUUUUAUCUUGGGCUGUAAGUGCUACGCUAUCACAAAGGUGUAUGCUGACAUCUUGAUUUCAUUGUUUCAUGAUGGUUGUGAUUCGUCUCUAAUCAAUGUAAUGGGAAAUUAUUUCAUUGACGAAGUGACAGAUGAAUCAUCCAACCUAAAGGGUGGAAAAGACUUAGCUACUUCAAGUGUUGCUACCUUCCUUCUACAACAAUACUUGAUUCAAGAUCAAAUGGAGAAUUUUACUGAUGUUGUAGAGCUAGGUCUUUCAUCAUCAAAAAGUUAUGGUACACAAGUCACUAUUCUUCAACUUCUUGAAAGUAAAUGGGAUAUUGUUUCUAAGGAUGCUAGUCUCUUGUCUAGAUUGAGCAUGGUGCUUUGGACAAUUAUAGAUACGACUUAUUCUUGGCCGUAUGUACAAGUAUUUGCUUUGGAUAUUUUUAAGAGGCUUGAUAUUACUUCUGAAAGACAAUUUACAGUAAUUAAACAGAUAUCCGAUCAAGAUCCAAAUGAAAAUAAGAGGUGGAAAGCCUUAGAGAGCUUAGGAAGAUCAUUAAAGUCUGGAAGUCACCAUAGUAGCUUAGAUUUUCUUGCCAAAUGUUCCGAUGGCCCUAAAGAAGAAAAUCCAUUUCAAUCGAGAGAAAGUGCCUUAAAAAGUUUAGUAUCGUUCUGUAGCCAUGGUAUGAUUGAAUUGGAAGGAUUUACAAGAGCAUUAUUUCUAAUUAUAUCAAAGGGAUUAUACGAUGAAGAUGGAGAUUUGCGUUCUAUUUCAGGUGCCUUAUUAUCCAGGCUUUUGAAGUCGGAUCACCCAAUAGCAUCAACAAAUUUAUCCAAAUUAGACUUCAAAAGAAUAAUACCUCAUUCUGAGAUCAAAUUAUUUAAUGAAUUAAUUUUAAAGGAGAUCUUAGAUAAUACAAUGUCAUUUGUUGAUAUUGCCAACCUUCAAUAUGAAUCGUCAACACCAAAACUAUUUGAAAUUGAGACACACAACUUGUAUAAAAAUGAAAUACAGGCAAUUCAGGGUUACUCAUCAUCGAUUAUUAUUGGUGAAGGUGUUGAACAAGGUUAUCAAUUUGGUCUCUUAGAAUCAAAGAUAUUAUCAGACAUAUUAGUUCUUCAAAAGCAAAGCUUCCUUUCAAAAGGAACUAUAAUAGAAUUAGUGAGAAAUCCAACUCUAAACAAAUCAAUUUUGAUAACUAUAACAAUUGCAGAAGUCUGGUUAAGUAAGUACCCCAACCAUACCAUCCAAACUGAACUUCAACUGCUUAAAUCGAAUUUACAAUUUUAUGAUUAUAUAUUCACCGACGCUACCAAUCCAAAGCAUUUAACCUAAACCCUCCUCCCAAAAUUUUUCAUUGCGGGUAACUGAGAUGGAUUUUGAAAGCACUAAAAAAAUUUUUUUGUUGUUAAAACAAAAUUUAUAUUAUUACUAUCUUUCUUUAUCAUCAACUAUAAUGAACUAUUAAGUUUAUUAAGGAAAAUGUUCUUGUAAAUAUUUUCAUUUAAUAAACAUAAUAGAUUAUUCAAAAUUGAGUUUUUA